GGUCGGGCUCCAGGAAGUGGAAGCAACUUCGCGGACGGUGAGGAACCUGGGAUCUGACGGCCUCGGCUCGUUGAGCUGUGGGCGGGGCGCUGGGACCGGACACAGGGUGCUCCUUCGCGGAAGAUGAAGAUAGUAUUUGCAAUGCUGAUCCACUUGAAUGAGAAAUCAAAGAGAGACACAGGGAGAAGUUACAUGACUGAAAAUCUACAAUGGAUUUUAGUGGUUUUCUGAGACUACAUGGGAAUGGAGAGUGAAGAGCUCCAGGAGUGUACCUGUGGUAUGAUAAUGUGCAAAGAUUCUGCCUGCUUUUUGACCAUGAAGGAGACAGACCUGGAGGCUGUUGCCACAGCAGUCCAAAGGGUUGCUGGGAUGCUUCAGCGCCCAGACCAGCUGGACAAAGUGGAGCAGUAUCGCAGAAGGGAGGCUCGGAAGAAGGCUUCUGUGGAGGCCAGGCUGAAGGCCGCAAUCCAGUCACAGCUAGAUGGGGUACGCACAGGCCUGAGCCAGCUCCACAGUGCCCUGAACGAUGUCAAGGAUAUCCAGCAGUCACUGGCGGAUGUCAGCAAGGACUGGAGGCAGAGCAUCAACACCAUCGAGAGCCUUAGAGACGUAAAGGAUGCAGUGGUGCAGCACAGCCAGCUGGCCGCGGCUGUGGAGAACCUCAAGAAUAUAUUCUCUGUGCCUGAGAUUGUGAGGGAGACCCAAGAUCUCAUCGAGCAAGGGGCUCUCCUGCAGGCCCACCGGAAGCUUAUGGACUUGGAGUGCUCACGGGAUGGGCUAAUGUGUGAGCAGUACCGCAUGGACAGUGGGAAUAAACGGGACAUGACCCUCAUUCAGGGCUACUUUGGAAACACACAGGGCCUCUCUGAUGAGCUGGCUAAGCAGUUGUGGAUGGUGCUGCAAAGAUCUCUGGUCACUGUCCGCCGCGAUCCCACCUUGCUGGUUUCCGUUGUCAGGAUCAUUGAAAGGGAAGAAAAAAUUGAUAGGAGGAUACUUGAUCGAAAAAAGCAAACUGGGUUUGUUCCUCCUGGGAGGCCCAAAAACUGGAAGGAAAAAAUGUUUGCCAUCUUGGACAGAACUGUGACAACUAGAAUCGAAGGUACACAGGCAGACACCAGAGAGUCUGACAAGAUGUGGCUUGUGCGCCACCUGGAGAUCAUCAGGAAGUAUGUCCUGGAUGAUCUCAUCAUUGCUAAGAACCUGAUGGUCCAAUGCUUCCCUCCCCACUAUGAGAUCUUUAAGAACCUCCUGAGCAUGUACCACCAGGCCUUGAGCACUCGGAUGCAGGACCUCGCAUCAGAGGACCUUGAGGCCAAUGAGAUUGUGAGCCUCUUGACAUGGGUCCUAAAUACCUAUACCAGUGCAGAGAUGAUGGGGAAUGUGGAACUAGCCCCAGAAGUGGACGUUAGUGCCCUGGAGCCUCUACUUUCUUCAAAUGUGGUCUCUGAGUUGCUUGACACAUACAUGUCAACACUCACGUCCAACAUCAUUGCCUGGCUUCGGAAGGCACUGGAAACAGACAAGAAAGACUGGAGCAAAGAGACAGAGCCAGAAGCAGACCAGGAUGGUUACUAUCAGACUACACUGCCUGCCAUUGUGUUCCAGAUGUUUGAACAGAAUCUUCAGGUUGCUGCUCAAAUAAGUGAAGAUUUGAAAACAAAGGUAUUGGUUUUGUGUCUUCAGCAAAUGAAUUCUUUCCUAAGUAGAUACAAAGAUGAAGCCCAGCUUUACAAAGAAGAACACCUGAGAAACCGGCAACACCCACACUGUUACGUGCAGUACAUGAUUGCCAUCAUCAACAACUGCCAGACCUUCAAAGAAUCCAUCGUCAGUCUCAAAAGGAAGUACCUAAAAACUGAAGCAGAGGAGGGCCCAUGUCUGAGUCAGCCAAGCAUGGAUGGGAUUCUAGAUGCUAUUGCUAAGGAAGGCUGCAGCAGUCUGCUAGAAGAAGUCUUCCUGGAUCUAGAGCAACAUCUGAACGAGCUGAUGACAAAAAAGUGGCUGUUGGGGUCAAAUGCUGUGGACAUCAUCUGUGUCACUGUAGAAGACUAUUUCAAUGACUUUGCCAAAAUUAAAAAGCCAUAUAAAAAGAGGAUGACAGCUGAGGCACAUAGGCGUGUGGUGGUAGAAUACCUUCGGGCUGUCAUGCAGAAGCGUAUCUCCUUUCGAAGUGCUGAAGAGCGCAAGGAGGGUGCUGAGAAGAUGGUCAGAGAGGCUGAACAGCUCCGCUUCCUGUUCCGGAAGCUGGCAUCUGGAUUUGGUGAAGAUGCGGAUGGACACUGUGAUACAAUUGUUGCAGUGGCAGAGGUUAUUAAGCUCACAGACCCUUCUCUGCUUUAUCUAGAAGUCUCGACUCUGGUCAGCAAAUAUCCAGACAUCAGAGAUGACCACAUUGGUGCACUGUUGGCAGUGCGAGGUGAUGCCAGCCGGGACAUGAAACAGACUAUCAUGGAGACACUGGAACAGGGCCCCAUGCAAGCAAGCCCAAACUAUGUGCCCAUCUUCAAGGAGAUCGUUGUGCCAAGUCUGAAUGUGGCAAAACUCCUUAAGUAGCCCUGUCCUCCACUGCCUCAUGUGUCUUCGCUGUGCGUCUUCCUGUUGCCACCCUAAGGAGCAAAUGUAUUAAAAUGAAAGUCCUUCUCUGGGUGCUCAGUAUAACAUCAGUGUCAUGUGCCUGUCUUCUGUGGCAUCAUACUGUUCUCUACUAUGAAACCUUUUUGGUGACUUGUCAUUGUGAAAAGAUGUAUGAUGGACGUCAUUUGCUCUUCCCUGCUAAGGUCUGCUUAGUCAACACACUUUGAACCUCUGCCACUUAAUUAAAGGAAAGGAAAGCCAGAGAGCUUCUCAUUCCUAGUUGUAGGUUGUUCUGACUGGUUGUGAUGCUGCCAUGUCUAGAAGCUACAGGUCAUCAUGUCUCAGCUGACUUGUGAGUAGUCCUGAGCAGUCUCUGGGAUCAAGAUCUACCCUGGCCUUACUGCCUUUCUGGUUGUCCCUAGAUCUCGGUCCCUAGUCCCGCUGCUCAGUCCUUCUGGUGGGGUAAAACAAAACAAAAACCUUACCUGCUGAACCAGUGAUCCCUACCCAGGUAAGCACAACCUCAUAUGGGUUGAGUGCAAUCUGGGUCAGUUAUACCAGGAGGAUGAGAAUUAUCAUAAGUAAAAAAUUUUGGUCAAGGUAUAUAUGAAAAUGAGUAUUAAAAAUAUGUAUUAAGAUCUAUAUAGCAUGCUUAGUGAUCCCGGGUCACUACAAUCCUCUCCCUAAUUUAGGCAGCCAGUGGUGGCAUUAUUUGCACAUUAACUUUAAGCUAAUUAAUAGGAUUGUAUUCAGAAUAAAUAGUGGGCCCCAUGUCUUGUGGACAUGGUCUGCAGAGGGUGGUCUGCUUACUUGUUACCUGAGGGAAAGGUAAUGCCUGGGUUCCCUUGUUCACAGCUCUCUGUGUACAAAGAUGGUUGUUCUUUCCUCCUUGUUCCAAAACUCCAGAGACUACCUAAAUUAAACAGUGGUGGAAGGCCUUGUACUACAUGGCUACCCUUGAAUGUA